AUGCACAGUGACAAUAUGAAAGUGAAAAUUUUAAGUCCCAUGUAUUUAAAGCCACCUAAAGAAGAAGAUUGGAAGAAAAUAGCUGCUGGAUUUUGGAAUCAUUGGAAUUUUCCCAAUUGUAUUGGAGCGAUCAACGGGAAACAUUUUGUUAUUAAAGCACCUCCAAAUUCCGGUAGUUUGUACUUUAAUUAUAAAAAAAGUUUUAGUAUUGUUUUAUUAGCUGCGUGCGAUUGUCAGUAUAGUUUUACUAUAGUAGAUUGUGGUGCAUGUGGUAGCGCAAGUGAUGGCGGUAUAUUUGCACAAUCUGAAUUCGGAAAGUGCUUAAACAGUAAUGAUCUUAAUAUACCUGUAAAUGAUUGUAAGUUACCUCUAUCAGAUAUAGAAAUGCCUUAUUAUUUUGUUGCUGAUGAGGCGUUUCCAUUAUCGAAACGAAUAAUGCGACCUUAUCCUGGACAGUUUUUGAAUGAAAAAAAAUCUAUUUUUAACUAUCGUUUAUCAAGAGCUAGACGUAUUAUUGAGAAUACAUUUGGAAUUCUGGUCUCAAGAUGGAGAAUUUUUCAACGUUGUAUAUGUUUGAACCCAGAGCAUACAGAUAAGAUAAUCAUGGCUGCAAUAAAUUUGCACAAUUUUUUAAUGACAGAAAAUAAUAGUGUAAUAGGCGAAAAUACUUACUGUCCUCAAAAUUAUGUCGAUAGUGAAGACAACACAGGACAGAUUACACAAGGUGCAUGGAGGUUUAAUCUAAAUAAUGUAAAUAAUUUGCGACGUACUAAUAUACAUAGAGCGAUAAGAGAAGCAUAUAUUCAAAGAGAUAUUUUAUCUGAAUAUUUGUCAUCACCACAAGGUGAAGUAUCAUGGCAAAUAGAAUAUAUUCAUAGGGGAUGUAACAGAGAUAUAUCAUAA